GACUUCUCGGUUCCCGCCAUUUACUAAAAUGUUGUCAUUCAGCUCUUGCUAAUCUAAAUACUAAUCUAGGCUGGCCGCUGCGGACUGUACCGAUAAGACAAUGUAACUGACAAUUGCGCUACUUCACCUUUUUUCUUCUAUUUUGUAAAUGUUGUGUUAUAAAACAUUUUAAUGUACAAUGAUUAAUGGUUCUAUGGCAUUACAAUAAUUACCCCCCCCCCCCAGACAUCAAAUGCGCUUACCGUUAUUACAUUAGAUUUUGUUUAAAGAAUCGUUGAAGUGACAAGUAGGACAAAAUAAAUUACAUUUUAUGUAUACGUAAUACAAAAGAGCAAUAAUUUGUAUUGGAUUUGAUCAACAUUUUCUCUAUCAAUAUGAGUGGAUCGUUUAAAACUGUUUUAAAGUCAUUGCUUGACUGUGAUAAGUUGCCAGAAGAAACUAAAGCAUUUUUAAAAAAUAAUAUAAAAUCUUGUGAAGACCUAAAUUACAAUGAUUCUCAAGAAUUAUGGAUUUUGUUACAUGAUUUUAUCCAGAAAACUACAGAAAUUGAAGAUGUUACCUCAGAUAAAGAAUUAUUGGCAUGUUAUAAAUGUAUUUUAAAUCUUGUCAAUCUUGCUAUUAACAGUACUAGUGAUUUAAUGGGUAUACUUAAUAAACAUAAUAUGCUAUUGAAAAUCAUGGUUUUAUUUCAAAAACUUUACAAAAUAAACAUUGAUCAAAAGUUCAAAUAUGAAAUAAUAAAAAUAUGCUCUAACUUUUGGAAAAUAAUGAUUACAUAUUCAGUAAAUGGAUUUGAUAACCCAAUGGAUAAUGAAGAGAUAGUAGUGAAUAGUUUUAUUUUAACUUUUGAAUACAUAUUUAAUGCAGUUCAUGUAACUAUAAAGAAACUAGAAAUGAAAACAUUAUCUUCACUGCUAUGGGAAUAUUGUAAAGUUGUGAGUACUUUAUCCAUUAAAAAAGGAAUAGAUAAUAUGGUAGCGAAAUUGGAAAACACAUUGAAUAAUUCAUUAUUUUUGGAAACUGAAACAGGAAAAAUGAUUUUUGCAGACAUAUUUACAACGAGUCAGCAACUAUUUCUAAAAUUUCAUCAACUAGUAAAGAAUAAAUUAGUAAAAGCUAAAAAAUCGCUAGCUGAAGCGUUUGGUGAUAUAUAUUUUAUUUCAUGGAUAAAUUCCAACUCUUCUAUGAGAGAAGUUAUUGAAGAACAAGGAAUAUUUGAGAUAAUAUCAAAAACAUUUACAUUUCAGCGUACUGGUCAAUUUAAUCGUACUUAUUAUAAUGCUUUAAUUUUUUUACAAAGCAUGCAAAAACAUAGAAAACAUUUAAUUUUUAGUAAAGUCAUAACUAAACUAUAUACUCCUGUUAUUUGGAGAAAUUUAUCGAGUGAACAUGGGUAUAUCAGAUUAAAUGCUGUUGAAAUUUUAGCCAGAGCUUAUCCCUUAGAAAAAAGAGGAGAAGGUCGUGAAGUAUCAUCAAGGUUUCUGAUGAAACAACAAGAUGCUUUUUUGGAUCUAUUGCUGGAUGUUUGUCCUGUAGUUCGAAUUGCAGCUAUAAAAGGAAUUUGUAGCUGUUUGCAAUAUUUUUGGGAUUCAUUUAAUGAUGAUGAAAUACGUAAAAUCUUUAAUACAUUUGUAAUAUUAAUGAAUGAUAGUGUAUUUGAAGUACGGAGAUCAUUAUUUUAUUAUUAUUGUCAGUUAAUAGAAGAAGAAAAGUCACAUGUAUAUUUUAGAAAUCCUAUGUUUAUGGCUAAACUUAAAAAUGGAUUGAAUGAUGAAAAUGAAAAAGUUCGACGCGCUUUCAUUAAUUUGUUGAUAAAAAUUAAAAUAACAGAUGCUAAGGCAGAAAAUACCGAGAAAGAAAACAAAAUCAACUAUGCUAAAAUAGUUAAUCUAAAGGAUAUUGCUGAUGCAAUUGCUGUUGAAGAUGAGCGCAAUGUACUUUUACUUGCUGACUUAGUUUUUGAUAACUUUAUUGGGGAUAAAGUAACAGACAAAAGUGCCACUCUUAUGAGAAUCAUUGUGUUUUAUAAAAUGAAUCCAACUGCUAUGCGAAAAUUAAUGCUUCAUUCUGAAAAACACCUAGAUUUUGAUAGAGCUUGUCAAUUAAUUCUAUCAUUAUUGAAAACUGUUUACAAACAUUUACUGAAAAAAGCAGAACGUUGUAAUAAUACAGGCAAAGAGAAUAGCUUACCUUUUAAAAGGCUUAAACUUAGUGAUAAUUCUGAAGACAACAGUGAAAUAUGUGAAAGUUUAUCAACAAGUUCUGAAGAUGAACAAAAUAAUUGUAUAAAAGUAUGUUGUAUUUUAGAUUGUGUAAAUUGUCUUUUGGUUCUGCACCGUAAUAAAUUAAUUGAUGAGCGUGAUAAUCAACAAAUUAAAGAUGUUCUAGAUUCUUGUGUUAAAUGUUUGAUUAAAACGUUUAAGCUUUAUAAAGAAGGUGAUGCUUAUUAUAGUGCAUUAAGUCUAGCAAGUUUAUUUCCUGUAUCAAAAUUUAGUAGCCAUGUAUCUUUACCAAGCGCAGCAAUAUCUAUUUUACAACAAUUACCAUUUGAUGUACAAAAUGCAGAAGAAGAGAUUGAUAUGCGCAAAGUUAACUGUCUUGUUCAUACAUUGUGUAUGUGGAAGCGAGGCUAUGAAAUACUUGAGUUUGUUUCUGUUUGGUUUGAUGAAGCUUUCAAAACUACAAAUCUUAAUGAAACACAAUACCCGGAAUCAACUAUACAAGAAAGGAAAAAGGUUAGAUUUAAAAUAGAUGUUGAAGAUUGUAAACCAAUGACCGGUGUUUUAUUAGUAAACUCAAUGCUAAAUAACCUACAAACACAGAAAACACUUCUGGAUUCUGAUGUUAACAAAAAAAAUAUCUAUGAUCUUAUAUCAUACUUGCAUCGUGUUAAGCCUUCAAUCAAAAAACGAUUAUCUGAAGAUAAUAUUUUAAGUAAAUUAUUAUCAGACGAAGUUUUAAUUGAGUUAUUUCAGUUACAUAUUAAUUUACAUAUACUUUACCAUAGUGAAGAAAAUAAUGUUGAUGAAAUCAUUAAGUAUCAAACUUCUAUUUUAGAUUGGGUCAUUAACAAUAUACUUAUUCACGAUUUACAUUUUAAAAAUGAAACUACUAUUAUAUUUGCAGCCAAUAUAUUAAAUGCUGUUAAUAACAUAAUUUUGAAUAUUUGUUUAAUGCAAUUUGUGGACAAGACAUAUUUGGAUAAUUUCUUCUCAUAUUGUAAUGGCAUCAUGCAAAAUCAAUUAAGUCCUCGUAUCUUAAUAUCUUUGAUUGAAACUUUAAUACCAGUGGCAAAAUAUUUCAAUCAUUUAAAAAUUAUGGAUAAACUAGAAAAUGAUACAUCAUUGCUUGCAAAUUGUAUCUGUAGUAUUAUAUCAAUAUUUAGUGAAUCCAAAUUUAAUGAAGAACGUUUUGAAAACAUUAUUGGAGCUCCUACAAAAUUUCGCAAGUAUUUAAACACGUUGAUUUGGGAAAUUAAUAAAAUUAAUUUGGUUGACUUCAAACAGGUUCUCAUAACACUUAUUGAAACUAUUGUACAAAUAAUUGCUAAUCACAUUCGAGAAAUUGAAGAAGUUGAUAUGAAUGAACAUCUUACAGAAAUACCGUUUAGUGCUAAUCAAUUAGCAUUGGUAAUUUUAAAUAAUGCUCCAUUGCGAAAAGAAUUUUCACACAAUGCUGUUACAAUAUUCUCAUCUGAUUUAUAUAAAAAUGAUUCUUUUUUAUUGAUAUCUGCAAUAUCUUAUAUCUACACUUUAUCAUUUCAACUAAAUAAAACAAAACAAAUUAAUAUGGAACCCAUAGUUAAACUUUUAUAUACAACUCUAAUGGAACAUGAUAAAACUAAAACACUACUUGGUAAUAGUUGUAACUUAACUGCAAAAAACAAUCAAGAGGAAUCUAUUUUAGAAAACUCUGAUUUCAGUAAUGAAAAAAUAGAUUUCAAAGAAAAAGGACUUAAAAUUUUAAUUGCCACUGCUAAGCAACUACAUAUUGCUUUAACUGAUUAAUACCAAUAAAAUUAUUCAUAAUGCAUGCUCAUAAUAUUUGAGAUGUUAAUGAAAAUAAUUAUACUUUGAUAACUUUUUGUGGACUUAGUUAUUAUUAUUAUUA